AUGGAGUACUUUCACCAUGUCAACCCGAAUCGUCUCGACUCGGCAGCAGAAGCCCACGCAGCCGAGUGCAUCAGAAAUCUUGCCAAAUGGGAAUCUGCUGUCGCCGAGAUCCGCACAUGGCCCGAAUAUAGUCCACAGCCAUUACACACGCUCCCCAAUCUCGCCAAAAAGCUUGCCAUCAGCCAGCUUUACGUCAAAGACGAGAGCAAACGCUUCGGCACAGGCCUAGGUUCCUUCAAGGCCUUAGGCGCCCCUUACGCCGUCUACCGGAUUCUUGCAGACGAAGUCCAUAAACACACAGGCAGUCGUCCGUCCGCUGCCGAGCUGCGUACCGACAAGUACCGCCACAUCACGUCCAAGGUCACCGUCUGCGUUGCUACUGAUGGCAACCAGGGACGUGGUCUUGCCUAUGGCGCUAAGGUUUUUGGUUGCCGCUGCGUCGACUAUAUUCACGCGCACGUAAGCAGCGGCCGCGAAGAGGCUAUGAUGAACUUGGGUGCCAUUGUGAUCCGCAUCGAUGACGAGUAUGAAGCGUCGGUGGCACGAGCCAAGGAGGAUGCGCUUUUGAAUGGGUGGCAUUUUGUCAGCAGUACGUCCUGGACCGACUUUGAUCAUGGCAUCCCCCAAGACGUUAUGAACGCAUAUAUGAUGGUAUUUCAGGAGACGCUCGAAAAGUUGCCUUCGGCCGAUGUGGUCACGCACAUGUUUGUCUGCGGCGGUGUUGGCAGCAUUGCAGCAGCUCUCUUCCAAGGUUUCUACACACGUCACAAGAAUAAGGGCAUUGACUUGGCUAGCAAGAUGCCCAGAUGCAUCCUUGUGGAACCAAUUCAGGCAGAUUGUCUCUUCCAGAGCGUCAAGAACGGCGAGCUUCGCAACUCUGCCGGUACACUUGACACGAUGAUGGCCGGCCUGGCUUGUCGUACGCCCUCACCCGCAGCCUGGAAGAUUCUGUCGUGGCUGGCGAGCGACUUCAUUACCGUGUCCGACGAAGCUGCGUUCCAGGGCAUGAACACACUCGCCACCGCACCAGAGGGCGAUGUGCCAGUCGUCAUUGGGGAAUCGUCCGCAGCGAGCGUGGGAAUCAUGGUUGCUUCAGUGUCUGACGCUUGUCUGCGCGAAAAGCUUGGCCUGGACGGCAACAGUCAAGUUCUAAUCUUUGGUCUAGAGGGGGCCACCGAUCCUGUCAUCUACGAGCAGGUAGUAGGUUUGUCGCCUGGGUCCGUUUUUCAGGCCCAAAAUCGGUUCAAGGGCGUCGAGUUCGGUCACACGUUUUUCAGGUAG